AUGAUUGUUCCAGGCCCCAUUUUCACUUCGUUUUUCUUUUUUUUUUAUUCGCCGAUCAAACAGUACAUACCAGACAAUGAAAAGAAAAGUCAUAAGAUCGACCCGGAGCCCUCAUUGAUGAGAAGUCAGUUUCCUUCUACGGAGCGCGGAGAUGCUCUCGUGUUUUUGAAUGGAGUAGCUGAAAUAACUACUGUAGCUGAAGCUCUAAAGACGUACGCAGAACUCACAAAGGGUUGG